ACUGGUACAAAGAUAGUCUAGUUUAAUUAAAGUUAAUAAAAAUAUUCAUCGUUUUAAUGAAAAUAACUUUGCAUUUUCAAAACAAUGUAGUCUAAUUAGAAAUAUCUACUUUAUUUUCACUAAUAAGUUAAUUUACUUUACAAGUUUAACUCUUACAUACCUUGACGAUCCAAUCACUAGAAAGAGAUGUGCAGUAAAACAAGUAGUUAGUUGAAUUAUUUGGCACAGUUUUACUCUUUUCAAUGUAUUUAUAACAUUUUUUUCACAAUGAUUGUUGUAUAAAUAUGUACAGAAUCAGACGAGAAAUGCCAGAAGUUAAAACUAACAAUUAAUAUUCACUAUACCAAUAGCUCAUAUGGCAAAUUGUAAAUAAACUACAGAAUUAAGUCAAGAAAAUGAAUAAUUUUAAAAAUAAAAUAAUGUCCCCAAGAGAAAAGCUGUUGGAAGAAAUACGCAAACGCAUACCGAUUGAACCAGAUUCGGAGGAUGGAAAUAGUACACUGAAAAUUGGCUACUGGGUAGAUGUAUUUGCUUUCAAAGAUUCCAAUGGAGAUUUAGUCGGUGAUCUAAAUGGUUUCUUAUCUGAAGUGGAUUAUAUAAAAGGUGUAAUUGGUUCGGGAUUUGUGAUUUUGGGUCCUAUCACAAAAGGAUUCUAUAGCAAUUCACAUAAUAUGAUCGGAUUGGUAGAUGAUUAUGAGAAGUUAGAUGAAGCAAUUGGUACAAUGGAUGAUUUUCGUCAUGUCUUAAAGCAAUUUCAUGAGAAGGAUUUGAAAGUUGUUUUGACGUUCGAUUUCAAUUCCGUAUCUAUCAAUCAUAAGUGGAUUAAAGAAAACCGUAUCAAACCAAAAGUAUUCGAGAACAGUUUAAGGAAUCAAAUAUCAAGAUAUGGAAAACCACUCAGUGUAGAUAUCCGUGGUCAGAAGUAUUAUUCCGUAUUCGGAUCACCGAGUGUAGACCUAGAUUUGACUGAUAUUGACACUCAGAAUGCCAUAUUUGAUGUGAUUCAUUAUUGGAUGAGAGAGGGAAUAGACGGUAUUCUGCUAGACAACGCUGCAUAUUUUGUUGAACAAGAAGAACAACAUGAAACACAAAAGAAGGUGUUGUCCUGUCCUCAAAGAGAAGAAAUAUAUACACAAGGAAAUGUGAAGUUUGUCGAAAAAGUUAGACAAGGAAUUGAUGAGUGGAUGAAGAUCAGCGGAAGAAAAGUAUUACUGGGUGUCAACGCAGGAGAUACGUGGUGUGAUUUGACUGGCAGACCUGAUCCAAUGUUGAUCUUUCGAGAGGUAGCAGAUGUGAUAAUUAUCCGUGAAUUUCUACCAAACAGGGGUUGUAAAGAAAACUUUCCUACAACAAAGAACCUAACAUGCAAGUAUCACAGUUACCAAGAUGCGUAUAAGCAGAAAUUAGGGUUAACUGUAUCCACUUCAAGCUUCCCCUCCAGAAAAGACGUGCUUUCUCUAGCUGCCUCAUUAUUAUUACCAGGAAUACCGAUAAUUUAUUAUGGAACUGAGCUUGGUAUGACUAGUUUCAAUAAAGGACGUCGACCAGAACAGUUGUAUCCAAAAGGAAAAAGUUACAAUAAUGAAGAGUUACUCGAUUAUGGUUCAAUACUAUCUCACCAACCAAUGCCAUGGGAUACAAGUGGACAGAGAUUUUCAAAAGCUAUAAACGAUUACAGCUUCAAAAAUUACGUGGAAAGAAAUAUUAAAAGUGAGGUUGUUGAGAAUGUAGUUGAUAGAAAAUGUGAACAAACGGUUUACUAUCUCGUCCAAAGACUGAUCAAUUUGCGUCAAAAUCCAACCUUCAAAUCGGGAACAAUGGAGGAACUAAGCAGUUUUAAAGAUUAUGAAAAGCAUUACUAUGGUGUAUUCGUAAGAAGAGCUGCAGGUUUUCCUACAUUCGUGAUUGUACUAUUGCGAUACGCACCACCUAACUUCGUUCUGGACUUCAGAUAUAUUUGUUCUUCAGUUACUGUUCGACUAGCAUAUCCUUCGAUUCCUAAUUUACCGGCUAAUAAUCUAUUACGGUGUCCUGAAAUACAUCUUGUUAACAGUACAUUGAGUAAUCAAAUUAUAGUACUUCAAUGUAACUAA